AUGGCUAACAUUCUCAACAUCGAACGCCAACCCAUCAACGUACCAAUUGCAGGAAUGAACAACCUACAAAUGACAACUCGUGAGAAGGUGAUCAUUGAGUUUCAAUCCCGCUGCAGUGAUUUCCGCUCAAAGUUAGAAUGUUGCCAAGGAGUUCAGUUAGCUGAUCCUACGUUCUUUCGACCUGGUAGCAUAGAUAUGCUAAUCGGAGCAGCAAUGUUCUUCUACCUCAUCAAAGCAGACUACAUAACGAUUGGAGCCAAUUUACCAGUGCUACGAGACUCACAUUUGGGAUGGCUGGUUGCAGGCACAAUUCAGUCAGACACCACUGCCAAUGAUUGCCAUUAUUCGCAAGUGGCAUUGAUUCAGACCCUGAAUGAUUCGAUGCAUGAGUUUUGGGAAUUAGAAGAGAUCCCAACUACAGCUCCCUACUCAGUUGAAGAACAACAAUGUGAUUUCGCAGCCACGCACUUUCGUGGAGGAAGCGGACGGUUUGUAGUUAGACUUCCAUUCAAGGAUAAUGUUUCCGGUCUAGACAACUGCAGAACGCUAGCAUUGAAACGUUUCCACAUGCUAGAAAGCCGACUCCAGCGCAAUCCAGAUUUGAAGGCUCAAUACGUGGAUUUCAUCCAAGAGUAUCAGAGGCUCCAAGAGUACAUGCCUCAUCACGCAGUUCUCCGACCAAGCAGUUCUACAACCAAGUGUAGAGUUGUUUUCGACGCAAGUGCGAAGUCAUCCGAAGCCAACUUAUCACUCAAUGACGUAUUACUUGUUGGACCAGUCGUGCAAAGCGACCUGUAUGCCAUCAUGAUACGAUUCCGGAUGCAUGAAUAUGUGUUCACGGCGGAUAUUGCCAAAAUGUACCGUCAAAUUCGAAUGCAUACGGACGACACCCAUUAUCAAAUGAUAUUUUGGAGAGAAUCACCAACCGAAGAUUUGAAGGUUCUGGAGUUGACAACGGUCACUUACGGAACAACUUCUGCCCCUUACCAAGCCACUCGAAGCUUGCUUCAAUUAGCCAACGAUGAAGCUGAAACGUUUCUCAUAGCAGCAAGAAUCGUCAAAAACGACUUUUAUGUCGACGACGUUUUGACUGGCACAAAUUCAUUAAUUGAAGCAUUAGAAGCGCAACGUCGGCUCAAAGCACUGUUACAAAAGGGAGGUUUUCCAACCCACAAAUGGUGCUCCAACUCGAAAGCAUUGCUAGAUCCCAUUCCGACUGAGGAACAAGAGACUUUGCAGCCAUUGGAGGAUAGCAACAUCAACCAGGUGAUAAAGGUCCUCGGUUUGUCUCGCUGGAAGCAUGGAUUCAUUCAGAGACGCCAGCUUACAGUGGAAAAAACGACGCAUUUACUCCGAGGUAGCAAGGCUAUUCGACCCACUAGGAUUAUAUUCACCAACCAUUGUUCUCGUUAA